UAUAACAGCAGGAUGCCAACUGUAGACAGAGAAGAAGAGAAUGCUAUUCGCAUGAAAGUGGGAUACAAUGGGGAUAUCCUCAUUACUAGCGUGGAUGUUGAGAUUACCUAUGCUGACUUCUGUGCUGAAAUAAAAGACAUCUGCAAGUUUGACGACAAGCAACCAUUCACUGUGAAAUGGCUGGAUGAGGAAGGUGACCCAUGUACAAUAUCGUCUCAGUUGGAGCUUGACGAGGCUAUCCGGUUGUAUGAAAUCAAUAAAGACUCGGAAAUCACCAUUCAUGUUUUUCCUAAUGUGCCAGAAAGACCGGGGAUGCCCUGUCGAGGAGAGGAUCGAAACAUGUACCGCAAGGGGGCGCGACGAUGGAGGAAAUUAUACCGGAUUAACGGCCAUCUUUUCCAAGCCAAACGCUUCUCCAAAAAAGCAUUUUGUUCAUUCUGCUCGGACAGGAUCUGGGGACUCGGUCGCCAGGGUUACAAGUGUAUCCAGUGUAAACUCACAGUUCAUAAACGAUGCCACAAAUUCCUCAAAGUGGUCUGUGGGGCCCCAGUCAUGCCACCAUCAGAACACCGAUCAGAUCCACCUCCCACAUACAAUACAUCACAGUAUCCAAGCAAGCAUUCCAACGGGGACAACUCUGCAGACCACGGAACCUCUGUGGAGGUAGAUAAAGAGAUGUCGCUCUCACAGGAGGAGGUGUCUGUUAGUUCACCAGAGUCAGAACAAUCAGGGAUGGGAACAGACACAGGAGGUAGGACCGUUUCCAUGGACGAGUUCAACAUGUUACGUGUUAUAGGCCGAGGUAGUUAUGCCAAGGUCUUGAUGGUGGAACAGAAACGCACGAAACGUAUCUACGCCAUGAAGGUGAUAAAGAAGGAGCUGGUCAAUGAUGAUGAAGACAUUGACUGGGUCCAGACAGAGAAACAUGUUUUUGAGACAGCCACUAAUUACCCAUUCCUUGUAGGUCUACAUUCCUGUUUCCAGACUCCAAGUAGGUUGUUCUUUGUGAUAGAAUUUGUAAGUGGUGGAGAUCUGAUGUUCCACAUGCAGAGACAGAGGCGACUGCCUGAAGAACAUGCCAGGUUUUAUGGUGCGGAGAUAUGUUUAGCCCUGAAUUUCCUCCAUGAACGAGGUAUUGUGUAUCGAGAUCUGAAGUUGGACAAUGUAUUACUUGACCAGGAAGGCCACGUCAAACUCACUGACUAUGGCAUGUGUAAGGAAGGAUUGCGGAAUGGAGACUUGACCAGUACAUUCUGUGGUACCCCAAAUUACAUAGCCCCCGAAAUUCUCCGCGGCGAAGACUAUGAUUUCAGUGUGGAUUGGUGGGCCCUAGGAGUACUGAUGUUUGAGAUGCUGGCGGGCAGGUCUCCGUUCGAUGUGGUAGGAGCAGCAGACAAUCCUGAUCAGAACACUGAAGACUACCUCUUCCAAGUUAUCUUGGAGAAAACUAUAAGAAUUCCAAGAUCUUUAUCUGUGAAAGCAGCAUCCAUAUUAAAGGGAUUUCUCAACAAGAGCCCUGUGGAGCGCCUCGGCUGCCAUCCCCAGACGGGUUUCUCUGAUAUUCAGUCACACCCAUUUUACCGCUCUAUAAGCUGGGAGUCACUGGAGCAGAAACAGAUUCCUCCUCCAUACAAACCCCAGCUGAAGUCAGACCGUGAUCUUGAGCACUUCGACCCUGCAUUUACAGAUGAGCCAGUCCGCCUCACACCUGACGACCCGAAAGUCAUUGACAAGAUUGAUCAGUCUGAGUUUGAUGGUUUUGAGUAUGUAAACCCACUGCUUAUGUCUAUGGAGGAUUGCGUGUAAUGGUUCUCACGAUGACUCUCAUAGCUUAGUGCUUGACUACAGCAUGAUGUUACCCAAGUUUAAUGGAGGACCGAAGAAGUCGGGGAUGUUCUGGUUUAUUGAAGGAUGGCGAAUCCCAGGACAGAUAACAUCGACCUCAUAAAAACUUAUCAAUGUAUCAGCAAAUUGCCUCUAGUACUGUUGCCAAAAUUUCAUCUACUUCAAUUAUGCUUCUUAUAUGUAUUUGAUUUGGUCGUGAUGUCAGGAAAUUUGUUUUCUGUAGCGACAGAAAUAAGCACAUCAAGAUCAAGAUGAUUAGGAGUUGAUUAUUGCACAGACUUUCUCUGAGCGUUCUUGGCCUUCAGCAGUGAUAUACUUACAUGUUUCCAUUGCAGUUUAAAAGCAUUACUGUAAACCACUUAGAUUUUGCAAAUACUUUAUUUUGCAAACUUAC